UUUUCAGCCCUGCUUGAAUAAACAGGAGGAAGGACCAAGGAGGAGUGCAAGGCACAGAGAAGGCGGGAUUUAUGUGAAGCUGAGAACAGAACAGAAAAACUGAUUGAGCAGUCUGACAGUGAACUUGAGAAUUUAUGAUGGAAGUCAGCGUUGAUUCUCAGGAAAGAGGCCACACGAACAAUCUGACAGGAGCACACAACCCUUCCUCCCUUCCCCCUUUAAGGCCAUGUCGACCCAAGCCGCCUCCUCCAAUCACGAAGUCCUCUCAACAUCCUUCUAGACCUCCUCUACCUCCAUCCACUCCUCCGUCACUCCCUUUAAUCUCCACUCCUACUCCACCUCUCCCGUCUAAUCCACCUCCUUCAUCUCUCCCACCACCUCUCUCCCCGACCCCACACACUUCUGUCAAUACUGAGCCAACUCCCUGCUUAACCCCUCUCCCUUCACCCACAUCCCAGGCAGUGUCAACCUCACUCUCCUGCCUACCUUCGCCCUCCGUCAUUUUGCCACUAUCUUCAACACCAAAGUUGAGCCUUAUGGAUCAAUUGGUGGGGAGCAGCUCAGUAUGGCUUACCAAAGGACUCAGCCAAGAACAGGUCACAUGCAUCCUCAGAGAGGAAGAUGUUGGGGUUUUCUUAGUUCAGAGUGCAGAAGAGCAAGGUAUGAUGCUGUCAGUUCGUCUGCCUGAGGAGCAGGAGGCAUCGCCAGUACAUAACCUGAAGGUCAAACAGCACAAGUCAUUUCUUCACUUAGAUGGUUCCGUUCUGGUUUUUGAUGACAUCUACAAACUCAUCUACUUCUACUGUGUCAGCAGGGACAUUCUGGCUGUGCCAUUGAAGUUACCACAAGCCAUUUCAUUAGCAACACAGAAAGAGGAGCUGGAGAUCAUCUCUGCUAUGUGUACAGACUUUUGGACAUCAGAUAUUAAUCAGAAGACCAAAAACCAGAACCAAGGUUUUGAUCAAAGUCACGAAAAUGAUUAUAUGUACAUCAACCCAAUGACUUUGUUGGAAAAAGAAAACAAGCAGCAAAAAGAUUUUUCUGAGUCCAAACUAGUAAUCAACACGCCUGAAAGCAUAAUCCCCUACUUGCUCAAUGGCGAAUCCCUCCCUAAGGAAAACAACCAGGUCAAAAAUCAGGUUAAAACUAACUCUAACCAGGACACAAAAUUCAAACGGCCUCCUCCCAGGCCUCCUAGCCUAGGAUCAGGCCCAGGGAUGGGCUUGCUCUUCUCAUCUCCUCCUUUAGACAAAUGUUGUACUCCUUUGACCUCUGCGGCUGACAAAAAAGAGGAAGGAAAAGUGGGGGUAGGGGACAAACCAGAAAGGAAGACGGCAUUGAUGUCACAUCCUCCAUCAAGGCCUCCUGUCCCACUGCAGAGUCGAGCCCACCCCUUGCUGCCUCCUGCUCCUCUCCGUCGCACUUCCUCAAGGAACAGUACAGAUGGUUGUGAGAAGGGCCAAAAACCUGUGAAGGGAACAGAAAAAGAAGGGGAGGGACUAAAAGAGCAAGGGAAAACAUGUCUUUUGGGUGACAGUGUUGAACUGUUAAACACUACACCUCAAGCAGAGGCUAAACAGGAUAAUAUGAAGGAGAAAGGGGAUGAAACCUAUAUGGGCAAGGAUAAAGAAGAAGAUAAAUCAAUUGGUCCUCCAUCUUUAGUGAAGAGACCCUCACGACCGGUACCUCAGCCGAGAAAGAAACCAUCCCUAUCAGACAGGCCUGGCAGUGGGUCGGCCAAUCAGAAUGUUGGGAAAAAAGUAGGCCCUCCCUCCCCAAUACGAAGGCCAGAUGUUUCACUCUACUCUCCCCAGGGGUGUGCCAUGAUGGGAACAGAUCCCGACACCUACUCCAACAGCAGCACUGAAGAAGAAGAGGGAGAGACGACCCAGGAGCAAGAUCAAAACCACAGUAACCCUUCAGAAAAUCGCUGCAACAAAAUAAAGCGUACGCCAACUACCAUCAUGUUGGGUAAAGCACGUUCCCGCCUGUCUGGUGUUAUUACCGGCCUCAUCAGUCACGACCGUCGCCUCUCACAACGCAUUGUGGAGCUGGCUAGAGAUCCGCUGAGCUAUUUUGGUAACCUGGUGAAAGAGUACCGAGCGUUCACCCUUGAGACCAUGUCCAACCACUCCACCUCCACCGAGCUGUUGCAGGAGAUCAGGCAGAUGAUGACUCAGUUAAAGAGUUACCUGCUGCAGAGUACUGAGCUGCAGGCCAUGUUGGAGCCACAGCAUCAAUAUUCACAAGAAAAACUAGCAGAGAGCAUCGUCGAAGCUGCUCUGUGUAAGAGCGUAUUGAAGCCACUGAGAGAGCCUAUUUACUGCAAUCUGGAAAAACUGCACACCAAUAAUGGCAGCCUGAAGCAAUUGGCACAGAACCAGUCUGUAGUUCUCAGCAGUACCACCACAGCUCUGGGAGUUACCACCGCUGUCCCAGAAGCCCAAGCUAUGGAGAAGAUAAGCAUGAAAUUUAGUAAUCUGCAUCUUGAGUAUUCUCCUGCGAAGAAAAUUGGCAUACUGCUGAAGGCCUGUAAAAUCAUCUAUGACUCCAUGUCUGUAAGCUGUCCAGGGCGGGCCCAUGGUGCUGAUGACUUCCUGCCUGUAAUGAUGUAUGUCCUGGCUAGAUCUAAUCUGUCAGAUUUACUGCUGGAUGUGGAAUACAUGAUGGAGUUGAUGAAUCCUGCGCUAACAAUAGGAGAAGGGUCAUAUUAUUUGACGACCACUUACGGAGCUCUUGAGCAUAUUAAGACUUUUGACCAGGAGAAGUCAGCUUCACGUCAGUUCAGUAGGGAGAUUCAGGACUCCAUCCAACGUUGGGAGCGACGACGUACACUCAACCAGGAAUGUUCCAGCCAAAGAUCGGUCCAGGACUUCUUGACAGUUUGCUGUCCCGAUACUGGAAGUAAUCCCAAAACUCUCGGCAUCCUUCCUACAACCACGAUCCAACAGCUCACUGAAGAAUGUGCUGCACGCUUUGAACAAGAUUCAUACAUUCUCAGCAUCCAUGAAGAUGGUGUCCGUCGGCCGCUGGCCCCUGGAGAGCUGGCGUUGACUGUGAAAAACAAAUGUCAACCAGGAGCAUAUUGCUUCAUCUAUCACCCCUCAGACCACGGACCAGUCCAACCAGCCUGGCCUGGACGCAGUUGUCCCACUAUCCCGCCGCCACGACCACCCCCACAAAGUACUUUCCAAAACAUUUCAGCAGCAAUCAAUAUUGAAAAGCCAGAAACAGAAACAAGCCUAAUUAGCUGGUAAUUUUUUGCAUGUACAGUGGGGCAAGUAAGUAUUUCGUCAACCACCAAUUGUGCAAGUUCUCCUACUUGAAAAGAUUAGAGUGGCCUGUAAUUGUCAACAUGGGUAAAAUUCAACCAAGAGAGACAGUAUGGGUAAAAAAAAAAAAAAAAAAAAAAAAAAAAACAGAAAAUCAAAUUUUUUAAAGAAUUUAUUUCCAAAUUAGAGUGGAAAAUAAUUAUUUGGUCACCUACAAACAAGCAAGAUUUCUGGCUGUCAAAGAGGUCUAACUUCUACUAACGAGGUCUAACGAGGCUCCGAUCGUAAACUGUAUUAAUGGCACCUGUUUUAACUCAUUAUCGGUAUAAAAGACACCUGUCUACAACUUCAGUCAGUCACACUCCAAACUCCACUAUGGCCAAGACCAAAGAGCUGUCGAAGGACACCAGAGACAAAAUUGUAGACACCAGGCUGGGAAGACUGAAUCUGCAAUAGGUAAAACGCUUUGUGUAAAGAAAUCAACUGUGGGAGCAAUUAUUAGAAAAUGGACAUACAAAAAAAGACAUACAAGACCACUGAUAAUCUCCCUCGAUCUGGGGCUCCAUGCAAGAUCUCACCCAGUGGCGUCAAAAUGAUAACAAGAACGGUGAGCAGAAAUCCCAGAACCACACGGGGGGGACCUAGUGAAUGACCUACAGAGAGCUGGGACCACAGUAACAAAGGCUACUAUCAGUAACACAAUGCGCCGCCAGGGACUCAAAUCCUGCACUGCCAGACGUGUCCCUCUGGAGAAGCCAGUACACGUCCAGGCCCGUCUGCAGUUCGAUAGAGAGCAUUUGGAUGAUUCAGGAGAGGACUGGGAGAAUGUGUUAUGGUCAGAUGAAAUCAAUAUAGAACUUUUUGGUAGAAACACAGGUUCUUGUGUUUGGAGGGGCAAGAAUACUGAAUUGCAUCCGAAGAACACCAUACCCACUGUGAAGCAUGGGGGUGGAAACAUCAUGCUUUGAAGCUGUUUUUCUGCAAAGGGACCAGGAUGACUGAUCUGUGGAAAGGAAAGAAUGAAUGGGGCCAUGUAUCGAGAGAUUUUGAGUGAAAAUCUCCUUCCAUCAGCAAGGGCAUAGAAGAUGAGACGUGGCUGGGUCUUUCAGCAUGACAAUGAUCCCGAACACACAGCCAGGGCAACAAAGGAGUGGCUUCGUAAGAAGCAUUUCAAGGUCCUGGAGUGGCCUAGCCAGUUUCCAGAUCUCAACCCUAUAGAAAAUCUGUGAAGGGAGUUGAAAGUCCGUGUUGCCCAACGACAGCCCCAAAACAUCACUGCUCUAGAGGAGAUCUGCAUGGAGGAAUGGGCCAAAAUACCAGCAACAGUGUGUGAAAAGCUUGGAAAGAGUUACAGAAAACGUUAUUGCCAACAAAGGGUACAUAACAAAGUACCGAUAUGAACUUUUGGUAUCGACCGUAUACUUAUUUUCCACCAAGAUUUGCAAAAAAAAAAUUCUUUAAAACUCAAACAAUGUGAUUUUUUUUUCUUUCCACAUUCUGUCUGUCAUGGUUGAGGUUUACCCAUAUUGACAAUUACAGGCCUCUCUAAUAUUUUCAAGUGGGAGAACUUGUACAAUUAGUGGUUGACUAAAUACUUAUUUGCCCCACUGUAACUGCAACAAUGGUGCUGAAUGCUAGCUGAUUUUGUCCCGAUUUGGUGUCUCGAUAAAGCAAGCAUUUCUCAACUGUUGUUUCUCUUCGGGCCAUAUUCUUUGUGUGCACUGUUCAGAUAAAGUAGAAAUUGACAGCUGCGUAAAAAAAAAUAACAUGGGGUCUGGAACUCCCGUGUUUAAAUACUUUGUUGUAACUGCAAUACAAUCAUUUUGUUGUUAUGCAUUUCGUUUUUAAUAAACCUGCAUCUGGCAA